UUUAUUAGACACACGAGGCGCGAUAACUAUGCCUCCUAAAAAAGAUGGAAAGCAAAAUGCCGACAAAAAAGCCACCCUUGGAGAGAAAGGCGCUCCGGAUGAAGCCUUAUCCGAGGGCGGUAAAGAAUUCUACCGGGCUCAAAUACGAGACUUAGAGGAUCGACUAGAAAAGUAUCAGCACAAAUGUGAUGAGCUGGAGGUCCGUCAGAAAGAUUUUUCUACUAAUUAUAACAAUGUGGUGAGAGAGAAGAAGGACAUAGUGCUCUAUCUGAAGCGUACCUUGUCCCAAAAAGAGGAUGAGCUCGCUGAUGUCUUGGAGAAGCUUCAAGAGCUCCAAGCAGCCAAAGAUGCAGAGAAGGAGUCGUAUGAGAAGCAACUGAGCGUGCUUCGGAGUGAGUUACAAGAGACCAAGGACAAACUCACUUCUGAAAACAUGGUCCUAGCGGGAAAACUUGCAUCUCUCGAGGAUUUCCAGAUGCAGAAGGAUGAACUUCUGGAUCAGAUGGAGUCUCUGAAAGAACAACUAGAGCAGCAGAAGCAGGAACAUCAAACUGUCCUCUACAACCUGGAGAAAAAAGCUGUACUGGACAACGACAGACUGAAGAAAGAGAUGCAGCAGCAUAUAGCUGCCGUAGCUAGCGAAUUCCGCAAAGUCUCUGAUAAAAAGAUGCCAGAAACAACGAAGAGGGCUAUCCAUGAGAAUAUGUUAGUGACGACCCGACUGAGGCAGAUUUCAGACAGGAGCAAAGAGCUGAUGGCGGAGAAUGAUGCUCUCAUUGCCAGAGAGAAACAACUCAAAAGAGAAAUGGAGAUCAUGGAGCCUUUGCUGAAUGAGAUGACCAAGAAAAGUCUUGGAAAUCAAAAGGUGGUGCAGCAGCUGACAGAGAAGUGCAGGCUAAUGCGUGCUGAACUUGAAGAAUACGCCAGACAUAAACAAGAACACCAAAAGCUGGUGAACAAUCACUCCAUACUACAGAAAGAACAUGAUGCCCUCAGACAGGAGCAUGAAUCAGCUGUGAACGAUCUCAACCAAAAACAAGCUGAGGCUGCAAGACUGAAAACAGAGCUUCAGGAGGAGAAGACACAGAGAGGACAGGUUGAGACAGUCCUGCAAGAGGCAGCUGUGGCUUUGAAGGAAGCAUUGAGGGAGGUGCCUAAAGAGGAGGACUCAGAACUUCAGACCCUCAUCCGGAGAAAUCACAUGUUGCAGAAGCUGCUCGCCGUGUUGGGCAGUGCUGCAGCCAUUAACAAAUGCCCUACCCUGGGUCACUUCAUCCCUGUGACAGAAGACUCUAAUGAAUUUAUAACAGCAGCGGUCAUGGAGAGAUCAGGUAUAGCUACCUCACAGAAGACCCCUUCUCACUUCAAGCCUGGAGACCUGGGGUUCAUCCAGCGGCAAACACACACAAGCAACUCCGUUAUAUCGAAGAGACAACUCCUCUCCAAAAAUCUACAAAGGAAACAGAAAAGCCAAAAAGGGAAUGACACUUCAAAAGCUCUAACCUGAGAAGGACACUCUUUCCCUGCAGCCUAAAUCCGUCAGAGAAAGUCAAGCAAAGUUUUAAACCAAGCAAAGACAUGCUGGAUCCACAAAGGCAUCAGCUUGUAGCUGGGUGAGCAGGGUAUGAGGGACAAAAACAGACACUUUCUAUAAAGACUAUAUAAUCAAUUGUCAUUUUGUAAAUUUUCUGCAUCAUGUGUAUAAUUAGAUUUUGUCUUGACUGAUUAAAUAUAAACACUAGAUGGCGGUAUGGUAUCCUUUAUUGUUGAAUCUCUUCCUAAGCAUA